AUGGAGGAGAAAACGUCUAAAUGCCUGGAAUGUGGAAAAAGUUUCACUCGGAGGGAUCAUCUGCAGCAACAUGAAAGGACUCACACUGGGAAGAAAACCUAUUCCUGCCUGGAGUGUGGACAGAGCUUCGCUCAGAAUGCCAGUCUACAUAGACAUCAAAGGACUCACACUGGGGAGAAACCCUAUACGUGCCAGGAAUGUGGACAAAGCUUUGCUCAUCGUUCACAUCUACAUAGACAUCAAAGGACUCACACUGGGGAGAAACCCUAUAUGUGCCUGGAGUGUGGACAGACCUUUGCUCAGAUUUCAAGUCUACGUUCACAUCAAAGGACUCACACUGGGGAGAAACCCUAUACAUGUCUGGAGUGUGGACAGAGCUUCACUCAGAGGGGACAUCUACAUAGACAUCAGAGGACUCACACUGGGGAGAAACCCUAUAGAUGCCUGGAGUGUGGACAGAGCUUUGCUCAGAUUUCAAGUCUACGUUCACAUCAAAGGAUUCACACUGGGGAAAAACCCUAUAAAUGCCAGGAAUGUGGACAAAGCUUUGCUCAUAAUUCAAGUCUGCAUUCACAUCAAAGGAUUCACACUGGGGAAAAACCUUAUAAUUGCCUGGAAUGUGGACAGAGCUUCACUGUGAGUGGCCAUCUACAUAGACAUCAAAAGACUCACACUGGGGAGAAAGCUUAUAAAUGUCUGGAAUGUGGUCAGAGCUUCACUCACAGUUCACAUCUACGUACACAUCAAAGGAUUCACACUGGGGAGAAACCCUAUAAAUGCCAGGAAUGUGGACAAAGCUUUGCUCAGAAUUCAAGUCUGCGUUCACAUGAAAGGACACACACUGGGGAGAAACCCUAUAAAUGCCUGGAAUGUGGUCAGAGCUUCACUCAGAAUUCAAAUCUACGUACACAUCAAAGGAUUCACACUGGGGAGAAACCCUAUUCCUGCCUGGAGUGUGGUCAGAGUUUUGCUCGUCGUUCACAUCUACAUAGACAUCAAAAGACUCACACUGGGGAGAAACCUUAUAAAUAG